CCAAGAAAAAACAGUUUCAGUUGUCAACUGCCAAGGGAGUUUCUUUUGAAAAACUAUUUUUCCGAACCUUUAUUUAUAUAGUUGAGAAAUUAUAAGAUGUGGUGUAGAAAACUGUCCCCCAAUUCCUUCACCUAAGAAGUGAACGUGUGAAGAAGCUCUUUCAGUACCACCCCUUCUCUUCUGUUGCAGCGUUGCGGAAGGUCUGGACCCAAACCAAGCAGCUGGCCAAGGUUGUGCUAAUCAAAGUCAAAGUAAAGCAGAACUGAGCUGUACCAUUUGCGGUAAAGAAUAUAAAAACAAGAAAUCUCUUCACCGCCAUAUGAUAUUGCAUGGGCGAACUGCUGUGUACAAUUGUUCCGUCUGCAACAAAGAGCUAUCCAAUAAGUACACCCUAAAGCAGCACAUGGAGAUGCACCAAAGCGAGCAAGCGAAUUUUCACUGUGAAACUUGUGGUAAAAGUUUUCACCUGAAAAUACAGCUAACGAAGCAUCGGCAAACGCACGAUUCGCAGUUGCCGCACAACUGCAACGUUUGCCACAAAGGAUUCAAGUCAGCUUACCGGCUUACGAAACACGUAUCCAGUCACACCGAGGAGCGGCUGUUCACGUGUGACAUUUGUGGCAAACAGUACAAUGUGAAGAGGCUUUUCUUCACCCAUUACUAUCGCCACCGUAAAAAUCAUUCCUAUAGCUGUGAGAUUUGCAGUAAACAAUUCUACGACAAUUAUACUCUGAAACGACACAUGAAAGUCCACAUAAGCGAACCGCGAAAACAGUGUAACAUUUGCGAGAAGACUUUUGCCACUGACUAUUACCUAGCGGCACACGUCGUUACGCACGACGAGGACCAACAGAGGAAGCACGUGUGCAACAUUUGCGACCGAGUGUUUGUUUUCCGCUUUGCUCUGGCAAUGCACAUGAGAACGCACACCGGCGAGCGACCGUUCAGCUGUGAGAUAUGUGGCAAGCGCUUCACCAGAAACAGCGUCCUCGCCAGCCACAUGCUGAUUCAUACCGAGAAGAAGAGGUUCAAGUGUGAAAUCUGCGGGAAAGCGUUUUCCACCAGAGGUAAUGUUAUAACGCACAGGAAAAUUCAUAGCAGAACUGACAGCUUGAGUGGGCAAGAAGUAGGAAAUGCAGUGGAGGAGUUUCCCGCCAUGAAAAUCGAAGGACAAGGAGGAAGCGUGGAGGAAUUUUCUGGCGUAAAAUUCGAACAUGAAAAAGUUGCGGAGAACGUAAAUUACCUGAGCUUUAAUGGACCUCUGGAGACUGUGCAGCUUGAAAGCUCCUCUUCGAACGUCACACUGAAGAAUGAAUGAGUAUAGUUUAGGAAAAUGUACACCGGAAAAUACG